AUGAAAUUUAUUCUUUUUAUUGCUUUUCCUCUGGGUACUUUAGGGAAAGAAAUCAGGGGUCUGACUGAACUCUCUGGUGCCAAGGUGAUUCAGUUGAAAGAUGACCUCAAAAGAGAAUUUGAACGACAUUACACGCAAAGAGACGAGCAUUUCAAUCGUUUGAUUACUGAGAGAAUGUUGGAUUUGAAGCAGACAGUAACGAUUUUGAAUCAAGAGCGUAUUGAGUCCAACUUGAAGCUGGAGUUGCUUGAGAAUAAGGUCAACCAACUUGUAGCCAAAUAUGAUCUUAUUACAGCUGAGAACACCUCCAAGGAUCAUCAGCACAAGCUUGGUUAUGUCCAGCUAUCUGAAAAGUAUGAAAAGAUGGAGCAAGGGAUGAAGGCAUUGGAACAGAAAUUCGAUUCUAAGUCUACCAAAGUGUCAAGUCCUAUCAACAAAGCCAAAAGCUUUGAGCUAUUGUCCUCCAAGGUAUCUGAAAUUGACAGCAGAGUAAAUCUUCUCAAGACCAAGGUAGCAUUCAUUGAACAAAAGCUGCCCAGCAUUCAAGACGGCGUACAAGCAAAUUGUUCGCAUGUUCAAACAAGACUGACUGCACUUGAGGCUAACUACAAGAGCAUAUCUCCUCUCAAGGAACAAGGUGUCAUUAAAUAUCUUCUUGAGCAAGCCGUCCAAACUGAAAAUACACUCGACAUAUAUUCAAAUGAUAUCAAGCAGCUUUCCAACAACUUGACUACUGUAGUCAACAAGACAGAGAAAGAGCAAGAAGAUCAGCGUAUUUCCGGAGAGAAAUUGAAAAAACAAGUAGCAGCAUUGUCCGAGAGUUUCAAGAUUGCUAAUUUUGCCAUCGGUAAACUUCAAACUGUAACACAAGAACACUAUCAUACACUUUUACCUAUAGCCAAAAAGGUAGAUACACACGAGGGCCAUCUGACUGAGCUGUCUAGUAUUGUAAACGAUAUUGCGGAUUAUCAUUUGGAAUUGGUACAAUCCGAAGAAACUACGGCUGAUCAAACAUUAGAGGUGGAACAAGAGACUAAGGCUAAGAAGGAAAGGCAUGAUACUACUACGUUAGCUAAGCCAGCGAGCCAAGAUAAUCAACAUGGUAAAAAUAAAUAG